ACCUGCAGUCUGUGUUUGCGCAGCAGAGAACACUUUCUUGUUAAGCGUCAAACUUGAAGUGGAAACAUGCCGCGACUCUCUAUACUCACGCUCAGCGUGUUACCAUGGAUCCCAGUUGUUCUCUGCUGGGUGACCACUCAGAACGAGGUUAGUGUCCUGGAGGGUGGAUCCAUCACUGUCCCGUGUCGAUAUGACCCUAAGUAUGCUAACCAUGUCAAGUACUGGUGUCGUGGGAGCAUGAGAGAGUUCUGCACCAGCUUGGCUCGAACUGACGAGACCUCCUCGACCAAUCCAAGUAAAGACAAAGUGAGCAUUUUUGACGACCCGGCCCAGGAGAUGUUCACAGUGACCAUGAACAACCUGAAAGAGACGGAGUCUGGGUGGUACUUGUGUGGUGUGGAAUUAGGUAACGGGUGGAAGGCCGAUGAUGUUGCUUACACUAAAGUGAAAGUCAUUCACGGUGUGUCAGUCGAGAACAGCAUGGUGAGUGGGGAAGAAGGAAGUAGUGUCAUGGUUCAAUGCCUUUACAGUGAAAGAUUCAGAGAAAGUGAGAAGAAGUGGUGUCGGAGCGGAGGCUGGAGCUCCUGUCUGCCGACGGGUUCUGAAGGGAGUUACGAAGAUACUUCAGUGGCCAUCAGCGAUGACAGAACUGGGGCUUUCACUGUAACCUUAAAGAAGCUGCAGAUGAGAGAUGCUGGCUGGUAUUUAUGUUCUGCAGGGCAGCAGCAAGUAGCCGUACAGGUUCAGGUCAGACCACGCGCCUCUACUACGACAGAGCCUGUGACAUCCCCACCUACUCCGAGUCAGUCUGCUGUGUACCUCCCUCCACCCAAACCCAUCACUAAGGAGUCCUGGAACAGUCACCGUUACAUGUUGGAGUCUAUAGCGGUGUGUUCGUCUCUCCUGCUCCUUGUGGGCUUGGCUGUAUUGGCAAGAAAGUUGUGGAUACUGCACAAGGAGGAUUCUGAACUUAGACACUUUAAGGAGAUGAAAGAGAUAUUCCCUGAUAAUCCAUCGGGCAUGGGUGACCUGCAACAUGUUCCUAUUGCUUUCCAUAGCAAGGCUACCAUGGACGUACGUGCUUACUAAGAUCAUUUUGUGAACUGUUAAUUGUUACUCUUUGUAACUGAAUGUGAUUUUUCUAUUAAUUUCCCUCACAAAACAUAUGGUCUUUGUUCCAGUAUCUUUUUUACCAUACCAAACCACGUCUGAACAGAGCUAUAUGUUCUGUUUCCUGCAAUAUAAAUUUGGGACAUUAUAGUCUUGUCUUGACUCAGUAUUUUAGACUUAAUAAAAUAAAUCAACAAAAUACACGUGUA